AUGAAGAAACAUUUGGCAUUUUUGAAUGAUUUGAAACUCACACACAAGAAUAAAGAAAAGAUUGGAUUAUUUCUAAAUACAUAUAAACUUGUUGAUGAAUCAUUGUAUAAAGAUAGAGGUGAAGUUCAGGAUCAAUUUGACUGUGUUGAUAUCGAGUUGAGAGAAUUAGAGUUAAAGAAUUCAACAAUUGAAAAAAAUACUAGGUUUACUGCAUUUUGUAUUUUGAUUGAUGAUGACAAAAAUGUAUGGAUGAAUCUUAGUGAUAACGAAUAUUGGGUCCCAGGUGGUUAUUUAAGAAUGAAAUCUGAUGGGACAUAUAAGAAAUUUGAGGAAUGUGUUAUCCGCUAG